GACUGGCUGUUACCUUUUCGGCUCUCCAACACCACCUAGACCAACCGGAUAUGGGGGCAGGGUUUCCGCUUCCGUCUUCUCCCUCCUCUUGCUUGUCCGAGCGGAGUCGCUACCACUGCGGCCGCUGUUGGUCAGGGUGUUGGUGGGUCUGUUGGGUUGUCGCUCAGCGUCGGUGUCCGUGCCGUUGAACUGCCCGUCAUGGCUGAACUAGAUCCGUUCGGCGCCCCCGCCGGCACUCCCGGCGGCCCCGCGCUGGGGAACGGGGUGGCCGGCGCGGGUGAAGAAGACCCGGCUGCGGCCUUCUUGGCGCAGCAGGAGAGCGAGAUUGCGGGCAUCGAGAACGACGAGGCCUUCGCCAUCCUUGACGGCGGCGCCCCUGGGCCCCAGCCGCAUGGAGAGCCGCCGGGGUGUCCGGAUGCUGUUGAUGGAGUGAUGAAUGGCGAAUACUACCAGGAGAGCAAUGGUCCAACAGACAGUUACGCAGCUAUUUCACAAGUGGAUCGAUUGCAAUCAGAGCCUGAAAGUAUCCGUAAAUGGAGAGAAGAGCAAACGGAACGCUUGGAAGCCCUUGAUGCCAAUUCUCGGAAGCAAGAAGCAGAGUGGAAAGAAAAGGCAAUAAAGGAGCUGGAAGAGUGGUAUGCGAGGCAGGACGAGCAGCUACAGAAAACAAAAGCAAACAACAGGGCAGCAGAAGAAGCCUUUGUAAAUGACAUUGACGAGUCAUCCCCAGGCACUGAGUGGGAACGGGUGGCCCGGCUGUGUGACUUUAACCCCAAGUCCAGCAAGCAGGCCAAAGAUGUCUCCCGCAUGCGCUCUGUCCUCAUCUCCCUCAAGCAGGCCCCCCUCGUGCACUGAAGAGCUGCCCUGUGGAAACACUACAUCUGCAAUAUCUUAAUCCUACUCAGUGAAGCUCUUCACAUAAUUGGAUUAAUCAUGUUGAGUUCUUUUGGACCGAACCUUUUGUCUUUAGAGUUGCUCAUUGUUUGUGAUUGCAUGUUUCUUCCUUCAACUGUUCUCCCUGGCAUUCAGAGAGGAGGGAGAGGUGGUGGCAGAGGGAGGGAAGCCUCCAUGGUAGCCUCAACCUGUGCUUUUUGUGCAUUAUUCUGAGAAUAAAUUUGUUUCAGACAAUAAAUAUGAAGCUUCAUUAUUGACCUCAA